AUGUCUCGUGGAAGCAGCGCCGGAUUCGAUCGCCACAUCACCAUCUUCUCUCCCGAGGGACGUGUCUACCAGGUACAGAAAACUUCCGAAUGCUCCCAAAAUUCCUCUAGUCGAAUUCCAGGUCGAAUAUGCGUUCAAAGCCAUAAACUCGACCAACCUGACUGCCGUCGCAGUGAAAGGCAAGGACGCGGCCGUGAUCGCCGUCCAGAAGCGUGUUCCGGACAGUCUGAUUAUCGCAGACACUGUCUCUUCGGUCUACCAGAUCUCGCAAACCGUCGGAUGCUGUGCCAUCGGCAUGAUUCCGGACGCCAAGUUCCAAGUGAAGCGUGCUCAAGGAGAAGCCGCCAGCUGGAAGUACAAGAACGGAUACAACAUGCCGUGCGAGCUUCUCGCGAAGAAAAUGGCCGAUCUGAACCAGUACUACACCCAGAAUGCUGAGAUGCGCAGUUUGGGAUGCGGUAAGCACUUCUUAUUCUCUCACUGAUCUUCCAUUGACGACUUCAGCUCUUCUCUUCAUCUCGUUCGACGACGAAAAGGGUCCGGAAGUGUACCGCGUGGAUCCGGCCGGAUACUACCGCGGAAUGAAGGGAGUGGCCGUCGGAGUGAAGCAAGUUCCGGCCACUUCGUUCCUCGAGAAGAAGAUCAAAAAGAAGGCGGAGUUGAAUUCGAGCGAGACCAUCGAACUGGCCAUCGAGGCUCUUCAGUCGUCGCUCGGAAUCGACGUGCGCUCCAAGGAUCUCGAGGUCGUCGUCGUCACCAAGGACAACACCAAGUUCACGAAGCUCAGCAACGAUCAGGUCGAGCAUCAUCUCAACCAGAUCGCCAACAGAGACUAA